GCCAGCGUCUGGGCUGAACGUUGAAAAUGGCACUAGCAAAGAGCGAUAAAGAGUUGAGACGGCAGUUGAAAUCCUUGGGCUAUUCGGCAGGGCCGGUCACUAACAGCACCAGAUCGCUUUACGUGAAAAAAUUAGCCCAGCUUCAGUCGGAAAAUCGUCGGAAAGAACGGAGCGGGCGGACAUCGCAGAGUAUCAGGCAGAAGGAGGUUGGCACCUCGCAGCCAGUGCGCCAGCGGCCUAGUGCGGCCUCCGCUGGUACCAGGGCCUCUUCCAGCCGCUCCUGGGGCUGGCAGUUACAGGAUGAUCAGCACGACGGGGUAUCAACCGAGGACCCCGCCGCUGAUAAUGCCGGCUCUUCGGCCGAUGACUUCGAUGAUACUCACUAUACCAGGACAUCCAAAUCUGUGAGUGCCGGGCGAACGGGAGGUAAUGCGUUCCGGGGAACAUCCUUGUACUCAGAUGCAUCUGGCAGCUUGCAUUCAAAUCCAUACACAGGAACAUUUGAUAGUUUGAGUUCGGAACCGUGCGCAGAGACAUCUGACAACCAGUAUUCAGAUCCACAUACGAGAAUAUUUGACAGUUUAGGCUCAUUUACCAGGGAUAGCCUGCUUUCGGGCCGAUACAAGACGAAAACAGACAGCACGUAUUCGGAUCGAUACACGGGGAAAACUGACAGCCCGUUUUCGGAUCGAUACAAAACGAAAACAGACAGCACGUAUUCGGAUCGAUACACGGGGACAACUGACAGCCCGUUUUCGGAUCGAUACAAAACGAAAACAGACAGCACGUAUUCGGAUCGAUACACGGGGAAAACUGACAGCACGUAUUCGGAUCGAUACAAGGGGACAACUGACAGCCCGUUUUCGGAUCGAUACAGGGGGACAACUGAAAGCACGUUUUCGGAUCGAUACAAAACGAAAACAGGCAGCACGUAUUCUGAUCGAUACACGGGGAAAACAGACAGCCCGUAUUCGGAUCGAUACACUGGGAAAACUGACAGCACAAUUUCAGAUCGAUUCACGGGGACAACUCACAGCCCGUUUUCGGUUCGAUUCACUGGGAAAACAGCCAGCUUGCUUUCGGAUCGAUACACGGGGAAAACCGAUAGCCCGUUUUCGGAUCGAUACACGGGGAAAACCGAUAGUCUGCUUUCGGAUCGAUACACGGGGAAAACUGACAGCCUCUAUUCACAUCGAAGUACGGGAAAAGCUGACAGCAUAUAUUCGGGCUCAUAUACCGAAAAAUAUCAAGGUAUAAGUUCAGAUCCAUAUACAAGGAAACCUGAAGGUCUAUGUUCGGAUCGAUAUAGGGGCAAACUUAGCGACUUGCAUUCGGGUGCAAGAAAUUCGGAAGAGUUUUAUCCCGAUACCCAUUAUAGAGGACGAGCAGACAGUUGGUCGGCGGACGAGGAUGAAAGCUACAUGCACCAAUCUUAUACUGGAUCUGCUAAGAACGAGAAACAAAAGCAUAAAAACCGUCUGGUUGAAUGGGAGUUGUACCUAUCGCGGUUUCUCUACAUAUCCACAAUUGUGUUAUGCCUUGUGCUUUUGGCAUUAGUAUGUGUCAAAGCCUUGGGGUUGCUUGAAGGAUCGCAAGAGGACAUAGAUGAAAAUAUUAAGAUGUUGCCCAUUGAUUGCAGUGGUAAAACAGACAACUUUUGCAAAGCUGAAGAGCACAAAAUGAUAAUGAUUAUAUUGACUGAAGUAUAUGAGUUUUUGGCAGAAAUGGCAGGUGAAUUUGAAUGUGGCUCUGAAUCACAACUGAAAAGUAAAUGUGUGCCAGUGUCUGAUGUAAAGACACAUUUAACAAUUUCAGAUGUUCCCCAUGUAAAUAAAUUUGACGAAGCACUUCAGUGGAUCUUGCAGAGUACACGGGACCUUGGAAUUAGAUUAGUUGGUGAGGACUCUGAGGCACCAGUAACUUCAGUGGAUCAGGUGACUUGUUUGGAAUCUACUCGUCCACAAAUGAAUUUGUAUUGUCGGCUCCAACGUGCAUUUUUUACCAUUCUGAAUAGAAUGUUAAUUUUUAUUUUUGUAUUAAGCCUUCUAUGGAUUACUCUCUUGCUUCUGAGGUACUACUCUAGAAAAAUGGAAGAACAACAGCAAGCUAUUUAUGAAAUGGUGAAUAAAAUAAUAGCUGUCAUUCGUGCUCACAAUCAAGAUUGGGAAAAGGGUUUGGAGCUUGUCCCUUAUGUACCCAUACCUCAUGUCCGAGACACGUUAAUUCAACCCAAGGAUAGGAAGAAGAUGAAGAAGAUCUGGCAGAAAGCUGUGCAGUUUCUUGAAGCAAAUGAGUCCCGGAUUCGUACAGAGAAAUGCAGAAUAACUGGACAGGAUUUCACUGUUUGGAGAUGGACACAGCCUUCAUCUGUCUGUGACUCUAUGUGAUAAAUAACUAGAAAAUAUGCAAAGCUGAAGAUGACAGUUAAUAAUGCAGUAUAUGGAAAUGUCUGCACUAUAUAAUUCAUAAAUAAAUGCUUGUGACUAGAGUUCUCAUGCAGCAGCUGAUCGUAACUGCUUAAUUGGGUGUUGUGGGAAGAACUGCCCACAAGAAGUGUGAGAAAAUCAGUGGAUGUGCCAGGAUUAUAAUGUAAUGCCUUCUCACAGAUAUUUAAAUAUUAUUAUUAAUAAUAGUGUGAUUAUAGGUGGUUUUAGCAAGACCAGCGAUUUUUUUUUUUUUUUUUAACCUGCUUAAUUAAUAUAUUGCUGAGCUCCAGCAGAAUUGCAGAGGCAAUCGCAUUGGGUGACUGGUGUUUAUAACAAUGUUGGACCAGGUUUUCCUAAAUCAUGCUUCAUUUGCACCUACAACUAAAUUCAAAAUGAUAUCCUUAACUAGGAACCCAAUGAUUAUGAUAUGUAGAAAAGAUAAAGAAGCACCAAAGCUGUCUCUUCUGACAGUCAUGAUACCAGUAUGAUUCUUGAGGGGCUGGAGGAAAAGCACUUUAAAUCUAUUAUUUUUAAAAGAAAGCAAACAACUGAACCUUGCCUUUCUAUUUAAGGGUUUGUUAAUUACCCUUCCUAUAUUUUUAAAACACUUCAUAGCAGUUUCCAUGUUGAAUAAUCUGUCAUUUUGGUUCAUAAUUGACAUAAUAUAACAUGUCUAAUUGUCAGAAACUUUGCCUUUUUUAAACCAGUCCUGAUGCUUUGUUUCAACCCAAAUCAUCAGAAUACCUUUCUCUGCACAGAUACCUAAUCUGCUAAAUUCUUCCACCAGAUUGUUUAUUUGCCUUUUGUAUAUUGCUCAAGAUAGUACACAUUUGGAAGAAAGUUGUCCUAUGGAACAAGUCGUUUGUAAUAAGAGUAACACUUUCAGUACACUAAAGAAAACUUCUUCACUACAAUUUUUAAGCUAUACAUGUUUAAAAUUGCUGUAAUGCUGUUUUUUUUAUCUAGCUCAGAAAUAUAUUGCAAUCUAUUAAAUCUGUUCAUAUGGCUUACCCUUUGUAACAAUCUGUUUUUGCAUUCUUGGCUGAAUUAUGUAAAGUACCUAUAUAAAUGAAUUGGAAUACAAUAUCUGUGUGUAUUUCCUUCCGUAAGGUUGCAUUAGUUUGACUUAAUAUACAGUUUCUUAUUUCUUGCUUCAUAUAAGGGACAUCAAAAAUGUUGGCAAAGUUAUAUUUGUAUGACUUAAUAAAUACUUGUUAACAGUUUAUUUUUGCAACUUGAGGGUUUAAGUUUGCUGACAACAUCACUAUCAUAGGCCGAAAAGAGGUGGUGAGAAAUCAGUAUAUAGGAGAGAGAUUGAGUAUCUGGCUGAGUGGUGCCACAACAACAACGCCUUACUCUGAUUAUUGACUUCAGGAGGAAAUCAGAGGACCAUGAGCCAGUCCUUAUUGGAGGAUCAGAGGUGGACAGUGUCAGCAACUUUAAAUUCCUUGGUAUUAUUAUUGUAGUGGACCUGUCCUGGGCCCAGCGCGCAAGUGCAAUUAUGAAGAAAGCACGGUAGCACCUCUAAUUCUUUAGAGGCUUGCAAAGAUUCUGCACAACAUCUAAAACUCUAAUAAGCUUCUGUAAAUAUGUGGUGGCUGCAUCACAGCCUGGUAUGGAACCACCAAUGCCCUUGAAUGGAAACUCCUACAAAAAGUAGUGGAUACGGCCCAUUCCAUCGUGGGUAAAGCUCUCCCACUACAUGGAGCAUUAUUGCAGGAAACCGACGUGGACGCACACGGAGACCAACAUCCGGUGCUGCUGGCAGAUCAUCAACUCGGUGAAAGACGCUCUUUGGUUGGCUCGAAACUUGAUGAUCUACCAGCACAUGGAGAUGUCCGUGGGAGAAUGCUGCCGACUGGCACAUUCUCGGCUGCAGGAGUACAUGCUGAGGGACGCACUGAAACUUGGUGCAGCCACCGCAAGGGCCCGGUGGGGAAGGACCACAGUAUAGGUUUCUCCACCCGUGGGAGUGGGAGGGGUUGGUGGGCGGGGAGUAUACCCCUCAACAAUGAUAUGCUAA